AUGGCCACUCCAUUCCCCGGUCCACAAUACUUUCCGACUUCUGACCCAUUCGAAGACAUUCGAAGGAAAGCAGAAGCUUCUGCCAAACCGCCAGCAGCUGGCAGUGCCGGUGAAGGCCAUGAGAUAGACGAUCCUAACGAAAAUAACGACGCGCUUCUCGACGAGAUCCAAGUCGCCUACGCCCUAAGCGUUCCCAACUCAAGCAUCGCUGCCAAAGCGAAUGGGGACAAAGAAGUACUCAAGCAAGUGCACGCUGACUGGCGCGGUCUCAUCAGCAUUGCUCUCUCCUUUGACGAAAAUUUCCAACGUCUCGUGGUUGAUGACUUCCAUGACCCAGGUCUUCUCGAUUUUUCUGCUAUAAAGCUCCGCACGCAAUGGCUGGUCGGCAUCUACCUGCCUGGUUUCUACGAAAUCUACGAAGACUUUCUGCCGGGCUACGCAGCUUCCAUCGAAGGACAGGACGGUGGCAUCGUGAUGCGAGCGAGGAGCUUGCUUCGACAGCUCCUUUCCAAGCCAGACGUCCAGGCAGAGAUCCUUCAAAAAGCCGACGUAGACAGCGCUCAGGCCGCAACCAACAAGGUCGACAAGAGCAUAGCGACACUGCUUCGCAUAGCUCAGAACCGUAGACACUUGAAGAACACAGACGCAAAGACUUACGACACCCUGAAGAAGCUUGACCCCAUCCUCGGCGACAUAGAUCAGGGCCAUGAGCUUCUCAACGAUUGCCGACUCGACCUGUUAUCGACCGGUGCUGAGGAGCCCUUAUACGAAUUUGCUCGAAAAGCACUCAAGAUGCUCCAGGAUGCUACCCGUAGUACCGCUAGCAUAAAGCCAGUGAAUCUGCCCCUCUUCACUCAAGAAGAGCUAAAUGUCUUGAUAGAGGGUGUUGAGCAAGCAACCGAGGCAGCAGUCCCAAGUCAGGAGAAAGCUCCGAGUAAGCAGGGCAAGCGGAAACCAGCAUCGGGCGCAGAUGUCGGCAAAGAGCAUGCUACUAAAUGGGAACAUGAGAGCACCGACGAAGAUACUUUCGAGGAAGAAGAGGACAUUCCGAUUGCAGACUCCUACUCAGCCGAGCCAGCUCCAGAUGCGGAUUGGUUGUCGCUGAAUCUUGCCAAGGGACUCAAGGACAAGCAGUACAUCUGGUUCUAUCCUCACUGGUCCAAGCCCGCAAGCGGAGCAUUUGACAGGCCCAAGCGAGUGUUGACGUCCGUGGACCCGUCUGGAGCUAAAGUCGAGCACGAUGAGCGCGAUGCUCUCACAGAGAUUGGUGUUGGUGCGAUGUUCACACGCACUACCAGCUUCGUCGAAGGACGCCUCCACUCUCACAACACAUAUGUGCAGCCGCUCCCAACCGAGAGCGACAUUGUUGCGGAGAGCUUGAAGUACGUCAAACAG